UUGCACUGAGGGACGGGACUGCCCCCCCCCUCCAAAUUAUGGGGAAACAAUGUGUCGGAGAGAAGAUGCUGCUGGUUACUUUGUCGUAACUACUUUUCAGCGGGGAAUCGGGACGGGCCGGGAAGUAUGAAGGAGAUGGUUGGAGGUUGCUGCGUGUGUUCAGACGAGAGAGGAUGGGACGAGAAUCCUUUGGUCUACUGUGACGGACAUGGUUGCAAUGUUGCUGUUCAUCAAGCUUGUUAUGGAAUCAUUCAGGUACCAACUGGACCUUGGUUCUGCAGGAAGUGUGAAUCUCAAGAACGAGCUGCCAGAGUGCGAUGUGAACUCUGUCCCCACAAAGAUGGUGCUCUCAAGAGGACUGAUAAUGGAGGUUGGGCCCACGUGGUGUGUGCCCUCUAUGUUCCUGAGGUGCAGUUUGCUAAUGUUAUAAGCAUGGAGCCCAUUGUACUGCAGUACGUUCCCCACGAACGCUUCAACAAGACCUGUUAUCUCUGUGAAGAACAAGGACGAGAGAGCAAGGCGGCAACGGGAGCUUGUAUGACUUGCAACCGGCAUGGGUGUCGGCAGGCGUUCCAUGUCACUUGCGCCCAGAUGGCAGGCCUACUGUGUGAGGAACAGGGCUCUGAAAUCGAUAAUGUGAAGUAUUGCGGCUAUUGCAAGUACCAUUUCAACAAAGUGAAGAAAUGUCGGCAUUCAGCUAACACAUCCUAUGACCAAGGCCUGAGUGAUUCCUCCUCUCACUCGCAAGAUAAACUGAGCUCCCUGUAUGACAGACAGAGAAAGAGCCGUAAAGACAGGGAGAGGCCAAAGCAGAAAGUAAAGAAAGCCACAGAGUCCCUAAGCACGGUUGUUAGCUCAGUCUCUGUAACAGAGAAGACUUGCACAAGUACCAGCGGCAGUGGGAGCAGCAGUAGCAGUAGCAGCAGCAGCAGCCGUGCCUACAAAUCAGGCACUGCGAGAGGUUUGGAUGAAGCCACACCCAACUUUGCCAGCAAGCACUUCCAGAGACCAUCCACAUCGCUCGUAAGUGGGAAGGAGACGGCAGAGGUGGCCAGGUCAGAGGUCAAAAGCAAGAAGGCUUCCAGCCAUGGCUCCAGUCAGCGGGGGCGGAAGCCAGGUGGAGGUGGACCCAAGAGCACAGCGACUGUUGCCACAGUCUCCUCGCCCAGCCUGUUUCAGCAAGGUGGUCUCCUGAGCUCCUCUAGCAGCGGGCUACAGCCUCCCCAGGAGAGUGGAGUGUUCGCCAAAUCUGACCUGCGUGGAGAGGCCUACCUGACCGCCCGGGAUUCCUCACAGGCUCCGGUGCCCUAUGAUGCCUCGAAAUCAGAUGUCUUCAGCACCGAGGGGCACCUGUCAGGUUUUGGCUCGCUGAUGCGCUUUGGGCCAGCUCCCACGGCCCAGAGGAAAGCCUCAGAGGGCUCUCCCGGAGACUUCAGGCCUUCCGGUGGGGCGGGGGCCCCUCCUGGCAUAGGCCCCAGCUACAAGCGGCCCCAGCCAGUUGCAGGACUGGAGGAGGAGGAGGCAGUGAAGGAGAAGAAACACAAGGGCAGCAAGAAGAGCCGGCACGGGCGGGGGAGGCCAAAGGGCAGCAGGAACGACGGCAACACCAGCCUGGCGGUCCCCAUGUCCCUCAUGUCGCCGUCGGCAACUGAUCGCAGCGGAUGCAUCACAAGCCCUGCUUUGCCAAAGCUCACACCAUCCACCAGCCUGAGUGGUUCCAUUCCAAGUCUGACAUUGGAACCAUCGCUUCUGGGUUCAGGUAUCUAUGCAAAUAAGGAGAUGCCACUGUCGCUCAGUGGUGGCGUUUUAGGAGUUGGCUGCAGCACUCCUCUCUCAUCCAACAUCCUCCCACAUCACCGUGCCCCCCACAUGAUGCACCUCAGUCGUCCGUCGCUGCCCACCUGUAUGGCUGCCACUGCCUCCAUCAGUUCCACCCAGGUGUUUUCCCUGCCUGGCUCAUCAUACAACCUGGCUCCUUCCAAUGUGUUUGGAGGGCCAAUUACUCCGGGCUCAUCCAUUUCUUCGCUGUUGAAUCCUGUGGAAAGUGGCCAAACAGAGCCAGACCUCGAUGACAAUGAUUGCAGCUUUGUCUGCAGAGACAGUUCUUCCAGAGGAAGUCUUUCUCCAACAUCUCCCAUCGGUGGCCUGUCCAUGCUCUACAAUCAAACAAUAACCAGUCAGCUGGAGAAUGUACCACAGACAACAUCCAACAUUGAAGAGCUCUUGGACAAGCACUGGAGUGGAGAAGGAGGCAUUGACAUUGUGGAUAUGUUAAAGUCUCUGCACCUGCUGCAGUUGGACAACCGGCGUCUACAGGAACAGAUCAUGAGUCUCUCGGCCAAGAAAGAGCGGCUUCAGCUGCUGAAUGUCCAGCUAUCCGUCCCCUUUGCCAGUGUGACAUCAACCAAUGGCCCGUCCUCCCAAGCACAUUUAAUGAGUUCCCAAAACGCCUGCAGCUCCGAACUGCUGAACAGCAGUAAGAGUCCUCCUUCGAAGAGCAGCUUCAUAACUGAGAACUCUCUCUCUGCAUCAUCAGAGGAUCUCCACUCUGGUUGCCACAGUAGAAGCAGCUCAUCUUCGUCCCUCCAGAGCACCCCACCUCCUGCCCUGCCACUUCUGCAGCAAAGUCCGGUCUCCCUCCAGCUUCCAGGAAUGGCCGGAAUUUCGCAGCCAGUCAACGGGUUGGCCAGGACCUGCGUGGGAAGCCUGGGCAGCAGUGUUUCCACGGCGACGACAACUUUCUCAUCUACACCCAUGAUGACUGGGAUGAUGGGAGGCCCCCUGGGUUCCCAAUUGGCCAGCAAUGGUAUUGUCGGUCCUCUGAAUGGUGUGAGCCAAUCAUCUGCAUCUGUGGCAUCAAUCCAUAACUCCCUCGCACAUACGUCUGCACCCAUUAAUGUUCCACCAACAGCUGGCCUCUGUCACAGCAGUGUCUCCGGAUUGGGCCAGAUACCUGACCAGCAAAGACAGUUCCUGUACCAGCACCAGCAGCAGCAGCAGCUACAGCAGCUGCUAACCUCCCAGCAGUUGACUCCGGACCAACAAGCCUUGGUGUAUCAGAUGAUGCAACAACAACAGCAGCAGCAGAGGCAGCGGGACCUCCAGCGGCUGCAGAUGUCCGGAGCAUCACAACUCCCCAUCAAUAACCUGGCUCAAGCAUCACCAUCCCUACCUGUCCACUCGGACCCAGACUCUUUCAUUUCCCUUCACACCGACAACAGCGCACAGAAAGCUCAGAGGCUGAAUGAUAAAGUCAACCAGGAUAAAAGCUGACAAUGUCAUGACUGCACCUCGGCCUGAUAAUUUUGGAUCUUGCUGUUCACUUUUCCUGAAGUCAGAGAUCAUGGGUCAAGAGUUGGACAGCCUCGGAUAUCUGCCGCCAAACAACAGACUCUUGCACAGGGGGGAGGCACAAUAAAAAAACAAGCCAGAAAUGAGUUGCACAAGGAACCUUCACUGCAUCCUCUCAGGAAACGUGAGCAAUGCUUCUUUGAGAGGAGGCCUGGGUGUUUACUGAAGUCUCCGGCUUCCGCAACCAGUGGUGAGAGGCAACUUUUGCCCAGCAACAAGCCAUUGGAAUCACCGCUGCAGAACUCAGUUCUGGUCUUGUGAAACAGAGGAAUAUGAUCAUUGCUGCUGUACAGAAAUUCAGAGACGCAAAGUCAAAGGAUCAGAAAAACUUCUACAAUUCCAUGUACACAUUUGAACAUAUGUGUUAGCAAUAUCUGUGGCAUCAAAGUGACAAGUCUGACCCCCUUAUGGUCCUCUGUGACAAAUAUUGUUAUCUCUUUCCUUUUGUGCGUGUGUAUAUACGCUGAUGGUACCGUGUCUUUUUCAUGUUAACAAAGGCAAGACUGAAUUAAUGGGGAAGAAGUUCUCCGUCAAUUGCAUAUGCUAAACAUGUGAUGCGGUGAUGAUUGUGCAUUGAAUUUUACACUUCGUGGCCACUUUAUUAGGUACAGGAGUAGAACCUGGUGUGGCCUUCUGCUGCUGCAGCUCAUCCACUUAAAGUUUCGACAUGUUGUGUAUUCAGAAUUACUCUUCUGCACAGCACUGUUGUAACAUGUGAUUAUUUGAGUUACUGUCACCUUCUUGUCAGCUUGAACCAGUUUGGCCAUUGUCCACUGACGUGUCUUACUAACAAGGCAUUUUUGCUAACAAAACUGGCACUUACUGGAUUUUUUUUGUUUUUCACAACAUUUCUGUGAACUCUAGAGACUGUUGUGUGUGAAAAUCCUAGGAGAUCAGCAGUUUCUGAGAUGCUCAAACCACCCCAUCUGGCACCAACAGUCAAAGUCACUUAUCACAUUUCUUACUCAUUCUGAUGUUUGGUCUGAACAACAACUGAACCUCUUAAUCAUGUCUGCAUUUGUGCAUUCAGUUGCUGCCACAUGAUAUUUGCAUUAACAAGCAGGUGUACAGGUGUAUCUAAUAAAUUGGCCACUGACUGUAGUUCCAUUGGUUCAAUGGAACCAAAUUUUAUGUAUGGUCAACACCAUAUCACUCAAUUAGCCAAAUGACAAUGAACUUCCAGUCCAGUGUCAUUUCUGAGAUUGAGCUGUGAGGUAGUGGUUAGGUUUGGGAUAAGACUGACCUGUCUUGCGCUGAGAACUGCUCCACUCCAGGCCACUCAAAUCAGCUGAAGUUGGGAAUGCUUAAGGAUGUGCUGGGUACGCCCAGGGUGGUCUGCACCAGAUAUUUAAUCUGGGAUAAUCUCAAGCAAAAUUUUUUGGCAUAGGAGAGAUUUUUUUUAAUAUUACCUGUGUUCAUACUGGGUCAUGUGGGCCAAAUCGUAUUUAUCAUCCCAUCCCUUAUUAAAGUGACUGUAUCGAGGCAGACCUCAAGAACUACCAUGGUCCACAAUAGUAGAGUUACUCUUUAUAGUGAUGCAAGCCCCAGCAUUUUGACCCUGUAAUGCUUUAUUCCCUGGGUAUCAGUUUUAACCUGGCCAUGGUCACGUGCCCCUUAUAAAUUUAAGAAUGGAAUUGAGAGCUUUGGAGUGAACAUGAAACAAGGGAGGUUUUCCUGUCCUCCAGAGAUUGAAAACAAUACAGAAUGGUCUCACCAAUCACCUGCCAGCUUGUAUUCCUUUCCCUACUACCCCCCCCCCCACCUCCUAAUUCUGGCUUCUUCCCCUUCCUUUCCAGUCCUGAAGAAGCGUCUCGUCUUGGCCCAACACAUGGACUGUUUGUAUACUCAUUUCCAUUGAUGCUGCCUGACCUGCUGACCUACUCCAGCAUUUUAUAUGUGUCUUGCUCUGGAUUUCCAGCAUCUGCAGAAUCUCUAGUGCCUGCAACUUGUGAGAGAGAGUGGGUGUUAUAGAGGAAGGCGUGAACCGCUCAGACACUGACUGUGCUGCAGCUAAUGUAUGCUGGUCUAGGAUUAGCUAAACUAUUAACCAGCACGUCCUAAGCGUCAGCUCAGAUAUAGGCCAUUAACCACUGGCUGUGCUUUACAAACUGAAGCUCCCUCUAGGAAUCGUCAGUUUCUCCUCCCUUUCACUGGUAGGUGAACUCUAACGAAACCUAAACCUGGUCAUCCCUUAUCCUUUUUAUCUUCACAGUAAGUCUUAAGUAUUGUUAUGCUCUUUGUUUCCUUAGUAGCCUGUUCAGAGAGCUGAUCUGCUUAAUGUCCAGGUGCUUUGCUUAGACAUUUCAACAGACAAGAAUUAAUGUCAUUUUUCAAAACAUUUCAGGAAACUGUGUGGAGUAGCAAGCACAAAAUGCUGGAGGAAAUCAGCAUUGUCAGGCAGCAUCUUUGGAGAGGAAUAAACAGUCUCUUUUCAGGCCAAAACCUGAUGAUUUGUCCUGAUGAAGGUUUUUGGCUGUUUAUUCCCUUCCAUCAAUCCUGAAUUCCUCCGGCAUUUUAUGGGUGUUUCUCUGGAUUGCCAGUAUCCGCAGAAUCUCUUGGUGAAUAUUGUGUGGAAAUUGGGUUACCAUUUAUUUGAUGGUCCAGAGUGUCUGGGAGCUCCCUCAGGCCAGCGGGUGGGGAUAGGGGAGAGGAGGGAAAUGGGGUCUGUAAUCACUGAAGUCAAAAGAACCACCCCAGUGCUUGUGGGGCAUGUGCUUUUCCUUAGCACUCUGGAAAACCCCAAAGACAGCCCUAAAACAUGGGAUUUCUCCAAGGAACUGGUCAUUUUUCAAAGACCAAGUUAAACUCUCAUUAAUCCUGGAGUUGCACUGGGUGGGUAGUAUUCAGACCCCACAGUGAUGGGACUAUCCCAAGAGUCCAGCGCCAGCAAUCUGCUCCUACACACUCAUUCACCCAGAGGAAGACCAGGGUCCAUAUCAACUCUGGAUUUGUUUCUUUGCUGAGAAAACUCCAGGCUUUAUCGGCAGGGUCCACCCUUAUAUGCUCCCCCGCCCCCCCCCCGCCAGGUUCUCACUCUGCACCCAAGCCAGAGGAAUAAACCCAGUAGCAAAGUUUCCCCCACCUUCACCAAGCAUCAGUUGGCAACAGAGGGGUCUUACCCUCAUCUCCCCGUUCCUAAAGGUAGGCAAUCUGGGCUGGUUGGGAUUAGAAUGGGAAGGCAGAGCCUUAUUUGGGAUAGUUUUGUUGUUGUCUUACAAAAAAUUCUUGCACUUUAUAAUGGAAAGGUGAAUGCUAUGCAUCUAUGAUUUAGGUUAAUUCCCAAGGCUUCUUUGCAUGUGUAUAUGUGUGUGCAUGUACGUGAGCUGAGUCUGGUUGGAAUAGAGGGAGAGGAAGCACAAACAUCACUUCCACUCUUUCUCCCAGGUCAGAUAAUGGGUUCAAUUCGAUCAUGUAUAGGGCAUGGAUCCUUAAGCAAAAGCAGGAGAGACCCAUUUGCUCUGUCAUGGUUUAAGUUGCUUUGCCUGGUCUUUUAGAAUCAAGAACUCCAGUUUUUCGGUAGUACUUCUUUAUAUCUAUGGUUACCCUGCACUUUAGCUCUUGAAUGACACAGCCCUGAACAGAGAAGGAACAGGAUAAGGUGACCCACUCCAGAAUCAACUUGUCUUCUAUCUAUGUUCUAACUGUUGUCUUCUAUCUGGGUGCAAGGAGUGUUUGAGAAGGCAAGGUGUGUUGUUGAUGGGAUCUGGCAUUUGGCUGGUGAGGGCUCGCGACUCGGCGUAAAGGCGCAAACCUGCCCCCAUUUUUUGGACCAAAUCUCACUUUGUGGGGGUGGGUUUGGGUUAAGGAGGCAUCUUGACAGUACUCCUCUGCGGAUGGGCACAAUAUCAUACAUGUCAGGAUGGCAUUACCAGUCUUCUGUGCCAACCCAUCAGAUUUGGACUGGAGUUUCCAGGAAGAAAUCUUAAUCUCCAGGGAAACAUUCCAUGUUUUGCUAGGCACUUCAGCAAAGACAAAGCAUUGCAAAAUGGAGGAAGGGUUUGUUGACUGGCACCCUGUGGGUUUGUGUUACUGAGAAUGGCAGGGUGGAAAGGCCCAGCCAGAUUGUUCAGGAGAGGGUGGACUAGGAUUAGGCCAAAGUAGAGGGGAGAGGACUACCGACUCUAGAUGCAGGGUAUCUUUUUAGUCCUCUCACCACAAUGGUAGUAAAGAACCAGGGUUCCCAUCAAAGCAAUGAUGUGCACUGUCUUCUUUCUGAAAAUGUGAUGCAUUUGAAGCUCCCUCCUUGCGAGAGCAUUUUGCAAACCAUCUCAAAAGAGUUGAGUUUGGACCUUGUGUAGACAAUAACAGCAUUGGUUUCUGUCUGAGAAAACAAUGCUAAUUUUUAACUGUACCCUCAUAGGCAUUGUGAAUCAGAUUUAAUGUCCUUUUAUAUGUAGUAAACGUAACACCUUCCGCACUGUCUUGUUAUAUCCCGAGAAAGCUGUACUUUCAGUGAUAGUAAAUGGAUGUUGUUCACCACAGGCUUCCAUCACCCAACCACUAAUAUAAAUAGGAAUGUAGACUUGGACCAAACCUUCAGAAUUGGCCUAAAAUUGACAGGAAAUCAAGGAUUAAAACUCCAGGAGACUGGCACGAGCAAGCCCCAGAGGUAAAUCAGAGGACAGUUAUCUUGGAAAGGCUUCAUUUAAUGUAUUGAAAAGAAUGGAGAUGGCAAGAAAGCUGGGAGACAAGUGGCCACCAGAGAUUGCUUGUCUUCCCCCAGUUGGUGAGGUAAGAUGGACAUGUUGGUGGUGACUGGGAAGGUGGAGGUCAAGGGUGGUGAGAUGAAAUUUCCAGAGUUCCAGAGAUAUGGAAGAGGUAGCAAGUUGACAUGUAAUGCACAAGAUGGAAAGCUCCCAUGGUGAGUUGGAGGUAGUUGGGCAUUUUCAUAUAAGACUAUGUCCAAAUUCAAUUCAGACCAUGAUGAGAAGACAGGUGGUUGCUCCCAUAUUGAUAUGAUGGCUCAUGAGCUUCAUGUGAAUGUGUUCACCACUAAUCAUAGAAAUUCUCAUUCAGAGUCCAAAGGACCUGUGGAUUUUCAAGGUUACCUUUCCUUACAAGAUAAAGUCGGCUUUUCAAGGUGCAAGUUUCAGAAGUAGUAAGGGGUUGGCGAUGAUGUUUGGUCAUGUCUUGCUCUCCAUCAUCAUGUUGUGUUUCUUGUGCACUUUUUUCUUUCUGAAAACGUGAGAGCAGUGGGCGUCUUGUUAUUGGCGAUCAUGUACUGCACUCUCAUCUGGUCUAACUGCUUUUGAUAGAUUUAUCCAAACUGGCGUGUAACUGUAGCUGCAGACAUAGGGUGUAACGUUACAGUGCUGCAGUGAAUAUGUGCAGACAACAUUGUCCUUGUACUGUAAAGAACUUUUCCUUUUUAGAACGCAGCAUGUUUAUAAAAUAUAUCAUGUUUUUUUCAAGAAAAGAAUCAUUUGCUACAUUCAAUAGACUAAUAUUGUAUGGGGUUUAUCCUUGGAUGGGUGACCCACUGUGACACAAUGUGAUUUUGGACAUGUGCGCUGAUCGGGGUCACCUGGUUAAGUUGAAUGUAGAAGGUGUUGAAGUUUUCCUUGUACUUUGUCUGGUGGUUCUUGUCCCAGGGCCUUGCUGUCAAUAAGCUUGUGAUUGUCGGGAUGACAAAUUCCCAACCCAGUCCUCUCAAUGGAAGACCGAAUGGUUUAAGGAAAACAGCAGCCAGGCAGAGAGCUGAUGAACCCUUUACUGGUGCUUUUAGUGCAGUGGGGUGACAGUCAGGACAGACAGCCCCGUGUAGGUUGUACAGGGGAUUCAUCUGACUUGUAAAUAAAUUCAUUUCAAAUAUUAUUUGUCAAAAGCAUAAAAAUCUAAAUAUGCUCAUUUGUAAUAUUUCUAUGAAAGACAUUUUGCUUAGAGAUUUAUCUGUGUGAUUUUAUUUAUUGUUUUUUUUUGUCUUGUUAAAAGAAUAACUUUGGAAUUAUACACCGAACUGUGCAGAGAACCCAGGUGGCCAUGUUGCUUCAGGGCAACAUGAGAGCUGAGAAAAUGUAAGAGAGAUAUUUUGCUAUGAAGGAUUACAUUUUUACUAAAAAAAAAAUUGUUCAAAAGAAGAAAAUAAUUUAUCUUGUUUAUUUGCAACUGUGUGGUGUCCAUUUACUCUGUGUGCGUGAGAAACACUUGCCAGUGGUGCCCUUGAGAAACCAAGAGAGCCCUGGCAAUAUCUGAGCUACUGUUUUUUAGAUGGGACAUUACAUGGAAUAUAGACUCUUUGGCCCAUGAUGUCCGUGCAUUCCAUGAUGCCAAGUUCCUUAAUGUCUACGCGUGAUACAUAUCCCUCCGUUCCAGCAUGUACCUGUAUAUGUGUAUGUCUAAAUGCCUUUUUAGUGUUGCUAUUGUAACUUUUUCCUCCACUACUCUGAAAAACUAUUCCAGGCAC